CAACCGCGUUUGCUUCUUUCCUUCCGAACCUCCAUCAAUCCGUUCAUUUCACCAAGUGAAGUGUUUACAGCUCAGCGUUUGAAAUGGAUGUUGAUCCCCUUGCCGACUCUGCCCCGCCGCGCUACGCUAUAGAGUCAGACGAAGAAGAUGAAUAUAAUCCAUUACAAAAGUUGUCCUCGGAAACUUCGUCACCGCUAGAGCUGAAAGUGGUUGGUGAUUUAUCAUCGAAUCGUCCUUUAAUCGUGGUGUCUGGGAAUGCAGGCAAAUACUGGGCUAAAGGAAGCUCGCUCGGAGAGCAGACUGGGGCAGUAUACGUUAAUGAUACUCAAGUCGGUCUAGUUUUUACUCCAUCCUGGUCGAAAUCGACAAUAAUCGUAUCCGAGACGUUUGCAAGACUCCCCGUUGUCAACAUGCACUCGUAUGCCGAAAAGUUGGUCGAGCAUUUGAAGCCUUCCAGCAUCGUUCUUCUCGAUACGUAUCCAACACCGAUCUACGUUACUUCACAGCCGAUUGCACUCCAGGAUGCACCAAUCCGCUAUCUUUCUACUCAUCAAGUCGAUCAUACAAUCUCAUCGUUGGCUGAACGCUUCUCGCCUCCAAAUUUUGUGCAUUCCACAACCUCGGCUGCUCUUAUGUCCUAUGUAGCAUCAACACCCCAGACAACGUCGCGUCCCGACUUGAAAGCAACGCUCCUACUUUUGCCUUUCCCGAGGAUCCCAACGCCUGCUCCAAAAAUUCUUGGACGGUCCGAUUUCUCUCACCUCACUGAGGACGAGUAUCAAUGGUCUGAAGUUAUGAUGAAUAUCAUACAGAAGCUGUUAUUCGUCGCGGUUGGAGAGAAGUCUGAUGCUUGGCACACACCAUUGAACAGUAGCAGUAGUAAAUCGUCAGUCAAUGUCUUCGUCAAAGCACAAGUACCUAUAGACGACGGCAUGUAUAUUUAAUGUAAAGAAAUCGUCAUUUGGGUGAUUGAUAGAUAAAUCAUCAGGCAAUCUGCGCGACCUGAAACCUCUUG